UCACUCCGAGACACCCCUCGCAGAAAUUCCAGCACUUCUUUCGGCAGAACGUUGAAGAUGCCGGAGAGUUUGUGCAAUAUGGUUAAUGCAGCGACCCUCUCAUUGGCUCUGAUUCUGUCUCUGGGAUAUCCAUGCCUGACCCUCUCCUGUCCUAGUGCAUGUACCUGCUAUUUCUCAACUGAAGUCCACUGCACGUUUCGGUCACUGAAAGCAGUGCCCCCCAGGUUACCGAAGAAUGUGGAAAGAAUCAAUUUAGGCUUUAACAAUAUCCAAUCUGUGAGCAAUACUUCUUUUCAUGGACUGGAAAAGCUGGAGCUUCUGAUGCUGCAUGGCAAUGACAUCCACACGCUUAUCGAUGGAACUUUUAAAAGUUUGCACUCGUUGCAGGUACUUAAAAUAAGCUACAAUAAACUGAGUUCCAUAAAAGGGUGGACAUUUCAGGGACUGGUGAAUUUAGUACGCUUGCACUUAGACCACAAUAAGAUUGAGUUCAUUCAACCGGAUGCUUUCCAUGGACUGACCUCUCUGAAACUCAUCCAUCUUGAAGCGAACCUGUUGAGGCAAAUCCAUCCACGCACCUUUGUGACAUUCUCGUUUCUACAGCAUUUUACGUUUUCAUCAAUAAAGCACCUCUACCUCUCUGAAAACCUCAUUCAAACACUGCCCAAAGACAUAUUCCAUUCAAUGUCCGAACUGGAAAGCGUCUACCUCCAUGGGAAUCCGUGGUCAUGUGACUGCAGGUUAAAGUGGCUCCUGGACUGGCAGAAAGAGGCUAGAGGUGUUGUUAAAUGUAAAAAGGACAGAAUGUAUCCAGGAGGCCGAGUAUGCUCUCUGUGCUCUGAACCCAAACAAUUCACCAAAAAAGAGCUUUUCAAGUUGAAUUCCAAUGCCUUCACUUGUAUGAAGCCCACAAUCAUAUCCCCACUGAAGAAGAGCAACAACAGUGAAUGGGAAGAUGAAGGUGAAGAUAUAUUGAAUCAAAGCUACCAAAAUCCAUUUGGCAGUAUGACUUUGAACUUAACGGACCAGCAAGGAAACCACAACCAUUUGGUCUGUCAAUCCAACAGGCUGAGGAACGGUACGAAGAUUCAAUGGCAUCGUCUAAAUCAGCAGGAAGUUGCUGUCAAUAUGACCCUUUCAGUAACCCUUACAUGCUAUAUGGAUCAACAAAAGAUGGAAAGGUUGUGGAAACUUAUUGCUUAUUACAGUGAAAUGCCUGCAAAAUUAGAAAGAGACUUAAUGCUGUCCAAAGAACCCAACCUGAGCUAUCGAUAUAAACAAGUCAUUGAUGAUCACGCUUACUAUUACACUGGUGUAAGAGCGAAUAUUAUGACUGAGCCCUCAUGGUUAAUGCAGCGGCACAUCAAUAUCCAACUUGACAGAAGGCAAACAACGACAGACCAUGUCGUCCUCGUGUUCUCAAUGUUUCUGUCUCAACGCUUUCAAAUCAGUGACAGCCCAAAAAGUGAGAAUAGCUGGGUAUUAAUAAAGGACAAUGAUGGGAUAAAGAUGCAUCAUGUUUUAGUCACAGGGACUAUGCUGCAGUUAAACUGUCCAGUCACUGCCUCAGGGAGCCCAUCUAUAAAAUGGGCAUUUCCAAAUGGCACCCAUAUGGAAGCCCCAUACACUAGUGAAGAUAACCGUGUUUCCAUCUCCAAAGCUGGCAAGUUAAUAGUGAAGGCAGUGGGUUAUGGCGAUUCAGGUUUAUAUCAGUGCAUCGCGUCAGUGAAAGGUGAUACGGAUGCAAUGACCUAUCGGGUUGUUGUGCAACCCACAAGAGUCCAUCCAAGCCAAGUCGAAGAAAAUGGCAUCACUGUACAUUCGGGAGAUACCAUCUCUCUGCCCUGCACUGCCACUGCAGCACCAAAUGCUCAACUGAGUUGGAUCCUGCCAAAUAACAAUGUCCUCAGUGGCUUAACAAACACUACGAGUGGAUCUAUAAUGGAAAAUGGAACUCUAGUCAUUAAAACUAGCCAGGUUAGCAAUAGUGGCCACUACAGGUGUCUAGCCGUCAACACUUAUGGAGUCGAUUCGCUGACUGUUAAUGUGGCUGUCAUUAAAAAGUUGCAUGGCCGGACCAUCAAAAAGGGGAAGAAAGACCAUACAAUGCCAAUUCUCAAUGUCUUUUUCAGAAGGGGUGAUCCAGAGGCUGAGGAACAGGAUGGUUCAGGUAAAGGGACAGCAUAUGAAAGUCAGAAGCAGGUAACCUACAACAAAUACACUGGCAGAAUUCUAGUUGGACGUAAACGACUUCAUGCUGAUGACACGCAUGACCGUCCCCGAACCGAAUCCAGUAGGAGCAUCAAAGUAAGGCAGGGGUCACAAUGGGGCAGGGGGAAGACAACCCUCGAUGGCAGGAGGCGAUGGGAUUCACGUAGGAGGGUCAGUAUGUCCAAUAAAAAGAUUGACCCACUGAAGUGGGCAGACAUCCUGGCAAAGGUGAGGGCAAAAACUGCUCCUAAAGUAACAGCAAAACCUUUACUCAAAAUCUACAAAUCGACUACCAUCACUCCAGCUACGAAUGGAACCCAAAGAAAUCCUUUGGCAGUGAAUCGCCCAGAAAGUUUCAAGCUGGUCUCAGAAGAGGAGUCGGGUCUGGAGGAAUCAUCAGGAAAUAAUGAUCUGAAUUUUUCAGAGGAUCAAUUGAUACAAGUAAGCUCACAUCAUAGUGUGAUAGCGAAAGAUUACGAUCCACCAGAGAACACCAGCCUUAACAAUUCCCUGAGAAACCAAACGUUUAAGGAUCCUGGUUCUGUUCUCAAAAACGCCACUGAGUUUGACACUCUAGCCAAGUUCCUUUCAAAGCCGGGGAAUGAGUCAGAGAUUUGGGAAAUGCCAAAAACCACAACAACAGCUUUGGAACAGGGUAGUAUUCAGUCAACAGCGGAAGUGAUUGGAAUGCAGCCAAUUCAGGAGUAUCCAAAAGAUGAUGAUGUAUCUGUCAUAGAAAGCAAUUCUCAGGCUUCAAAAACAGAUGGACAUGAGAGAUCAGCAGUACCUUGGAUCACUGAAGCAGUUACAGAUCCAGUAAAGAGACUUGCUUGGAAGCACUCGAAAAUGGAUAUUUCAGAUAUAAACUUGAACAGUGAUAAUUACAGUAUGUUUCACAUCGGAAAUGUGACCUUAGCGAGCAAAACAGUUACCACUUUAACCAUGACCAAAGCCACUUCAACAAUCACCAGAGCCUCCAUCCCCUCAACAAAUUCUGGAACAACUGCCAAAUUGGCCCCCACUACGAGACCAACUGCCAUUACAACCAUGGUCCCCAGCACCAUAACCAAACCAGCUCUCAUCACAGUCGCUGCUACCAUUCCUCCCACCGCUACAGUCAAAGCAACUACCGGGAAAACCAAAGUGCCCAAGAUGAUGGUAAAGCCAACUGGUACUGUGAAUGCCAAUGCCAGGGCUAGCCAAAGCCAAAAUACCUCUAUUACUUCUCGAAACUAUCCAAAGCGAAGACUGCCUGGCAGAAGGAGAUAUCGGCCUAACAGGUACAGGCAAAGACAACAUUUAUACCCAAUAACCAGGACCAAAGAAACAAAAUCUACCCGCGUAAAUAUGACAUCAAGCACUUGGUCAAGUGUGAAAGCUGUUCCAAGAGAAAUGAAUCAUUCUGAAAAUGGCCAAAUCAAAGUCAACAUUACAUUAAAAAGGGAACCAGAUUCAAAAUUAGCUUCUGGCAAAUUCAAUUUGCCUGCUUUAGAACAACUCACAACAAAGGAACCAAAACUAAAAUCAAUGAAUGUAGUGACUAUUGUAAAAUCUUCACAUCAAACCAACCAUUCAGAAGCACCUAUUACUCCAGGGCCACAGACUUCAGUGUCACAUCAACCAAAAUCAUUAAUUUCAACAAAACAGACAAUACUUGAAACUACAAGAGCCACUUCCACAAAACUUCCUGAGCCAGGUCCAACCAAUCGUGAAUCUUUAACCAAACCAACAAAACCAUUGUAUCUCCAAAAGGAUUAUAAGUUGCACAAUGCUACAAAACUUGAUGCUACAACCGUAUCACCUCUAAUAUCCAAUACAUUUGGAAAACCUACAAAUCCUGCUUCUCAAUUUGAAUCUCUGGGGCCAAGUAAUGAACUUGCAUCAACCACAACAGCCUCAACUUCAGUUGUUUCAGUCAGAUCUGGGAAAUUAAAGGGAGUCCAUGAAACCAGAAAAUCAUCAGAUAUCAUCUUAAAUCCAAUAGUCCCAAUGACAGUCCUUCCAAUUGCUACAACUGUUACUGUGACUUCAAAACCUGCAAUGGACUACCUUGAAAUAUUAACUACGACCACUGCUUCUAAAGUACAGGGAUCCAAGAAAACUCUAAAGUCAAACACUGAGCUGAAAGUACCAACCAUGACAUUUUUAGAAACUGAGACUGAAUUACCGGAGGUUGAAAUGUCUCAGAAAAUAUCCACAUUUCAAAAAAUUGGAAGUGACAUUACAUCAAAUCUACCUUCUUCACCUGACACUAGAGCUCCUUCACGAGUUCAUGACUCAGAUGUUCCUGUGUAUGGAACAGCAACAGUUAAUAUUGUGCCAGAGGCCCAACCGACCAAUAUAAACUUAAGACGGGAGCCUACUUUGCCUUCUCAAGUCACAGUUAAAAUGGCCAAAGAAAUUCUGCCUCCAACUAUUUCUCCAGAAAGUAUUUUGCCCACUCAGAAAACUUUUGGGAUGGGAGAAAUUCAACUGGAAAUCAACAGAACAUAUGAAAGCAAUAAUAAACCAGAUGGAGACCCUAUAAGACAACGUACAGGAACCGCACAAGGCAAGCAACAAGUUAAAGCAACAUUCAUGGAACGAUCAAAUAACUUAACUUGGCUUUCAAAGCAUAAGUGGAAUCCAGAUUCAAAUCUUGGCUCAAUUUCCAUUCCAAAGCAAGGGUCUAGGCUUAAAUCUCCGAAUGAUAUCAUGGUAGAAGCAACACCGAAGCUGCUCACACCUGCAGCAAGGGCUUGGUCCUACAAUUUUACAAAUGGAGCAUUGUCAAGAGUUACUGGUGAUCCUGAGUUGACAGCAUUUCCACCUAUAACAGUGCAAAAUGCAAUAAAACCCGACGAACCUUUUAUCAAGUCAACUUCAGGAACCCCUUUCCAAACAAGUUCAGGGAUAUUUAACAAGCCAAUGGAGAGGGGAGGUGCUGAUGUAGACAACAAUUCAAAAACACCAUCAGGACGUUCCAUUGUCCGAACACCUACCACAAAUCAAGGUAACCAAUGGCAUCACCGUAUAGAGAUCCCAAUUCAAUUUACUAAAAAGAAAUCAUCAGGAUCUAUACCCAAAAGAACCAUAUCCAUUAGUUCCCCUACAACUGUACCCAGCACAACUAACAUUGCUGAAAAGUUUAGAAACACCUCAUGGAGCAAAUUUUUGUUUCACACCCCAGUCCUUUCAAAGUUCGAUGGGAACUCAUCCAAUGCUGCUCAACCAUCUCCCAGUUUCAGGACAAUGAAGAGAAAGCCGAAAAUUAUAACCAGGCACCCUCUAACAGUUUCAGUGAAAGCAGAGAUGGAUGCUUAUCUUCCUUGCGAUGCAGUUGGGGAGCCCAAGCCUUUUAUAUUUUGGACAAAAGUUUCAACAGGAGCUGUGAUGAUGACAAGCAGCAGAACGCUGCGAUUUGAAGUUUUUGACAAUGGAACCUUGGGAAUUCGCAAUGUCCAAGUGCAGGACCGUGGACAGUACCUGUGCACAGCACAGUCCCUACACGGCACAGAUAAGAUGGCGACCACGUUGAUCGUGCUGGCCCAGCCUCCGCGGAUAGUUGGAUCCCGCUACAAGGACAGCACCGUGUAUCUGGGAGAACCAUUCCUGGCGGAGUGCAGGGCCGAGGGGAUGCCUGCUCCCCAGGUCUCCUGGCUGCUGCCUAGCAGGAAGCUCCUGCGGACCCCCGGCGUCGGCGGAAGAGGAGGAGGCAGCUUGACGUUGUCGCAGAAUGGGACCCUGUCCAUCAGGGAGACCGCAUUCUCAGACCGUGGGGUCUACAAGUGCAUCGCCAGCAACGCCGUGGGAGCAGACACGGUCACGGUGAGGCUUCACGUGGCAGCUCUGCCACCCAUGAUCCAACAAGAAAAGACCGAGAGCCUGACAGUCACCCUGGGCCAGGGCAUUCGUGUUCACUGCACUGCCAAAGCUGCACCCCCAGCCAACAUCCGCUGGAUCCUUUUCGAUGGGACACAGAUUCGACCUUCCCAAUUUAUCAACGGCAACCUGUUUGUUUUCCCAAACGGGACCCUUUACAUACGUAGCAUGUCAGAGCGUGACAUGGGAAAUUACGAAUGCCUGGCGACGAAUGUAGUUGGCGUUGCCAGGAGGACAGUCAGUGUAAACAUUCAAAAGCACUCAGCAACUGCCAAGAUUACUGUAUCCUCUCCCCAAAGGGUCGAUAUUAGCUACGGAAGCACUUUGCAUCUGGACUGUGUUGCUGCAGGAGAUCCAGGCCCAAGGAUACUCUGGAGACUGCCAUCAAGAUUGCUUGUGGAUUCACACUACAGUUAUAGCAAGAGAAUCAAAGUGUAUGACAAUGGCACUCUCGUUGUUCAAUCGGUUACAGACAAAGACGCCGGAGAUUACCUUUGUGUAGCCAGGAACAAGAUAGGAGAUGACUUCAUGGUGCUCAAGGUGAAUGUGAUGAUGAAGCCAGCCAAGAUUGAGUAUAAGCAGGAUGUCAAGCAGAAGGUUAUGUAUGGUAAGGACCUCAAAGUUGACUGCAUAGCAUCGGGACUGCCAGACCCAGAGAUCUCCUGGGGCCUCCCAGACGGUACCAUGGUCAACAGCGUCAUGCAGUCCGAUGACAGCGGGACAAGAACCCGCAGGUACACAGUUUUCGAUAAUGGCACAUUGUACUUCAACGAGGUUGGGUUGAGAGAUGAAGGUGACUACACUUGCUAUGCGGUAAACCAGAUCGGCAAAGACGAGAUGAAAGUCAAUGUGAAGGUUGUAGCAGAGCCCCCAGGUUUCCAGAAUGGCACUCCCUCUCUGGUUCAGGUGGCAUAUGGUGAGUCCUGUACAAUAAAAUGUGGAGCUAAAGGAGAGCCAACUCCCUGGAUCAGCUGGCACUCCCCGACCGACAGAUUCAUCCUGCCCUCCUCAAAGUACAAAGUCACAACUGAUGGUACUCUUCACAUACAUAAUGUACAGAGAUCAGACAGUGGAAACUACACGUGUGUCGCAAGAAAUACUGCAGGAGAGAGUAGAAGAGUCAUCACUGUGCAGGUAAACAUCGAAGCACCCAGUAUUAAUGGGCAGAAAGGCACAAAUACUGUGAUCAAGGAAAAAGCAAUGAAAGAAACCCGUAAGCAAAUAGACUGUAAGGCAGAAGGGAUGCCUCGUCCACGGGUCAUGUGGGUGCUGCCAGAAAAUGUGGUUGUAACGGCCCCAUAUUAUGGAAGUAGAAUUCGAGUGCAUCACAACGGAACACUUGACAUCCAGAGCUUGAAGAGGUCAGACGCAGACCAGUUAGUGUGCAUUGCUCAUAACGAAGGAGGAGAAGCCAGGCUGACUGUGCAUCUCGAAGUAUUGGACAACAUAGAGAAACCUUCGUUCACCAACCCACUUAGUGCCGGGGUCGCUAUCGUGAUCGGCAACAGCGUGAACCUGAACUGCUCUUCCAGAGGGAACCCAACUCCAGAAACAACUUGGAUCCUCCCGGAUGGAAACAGGCUCCUGAGCGGUCAGCGAUGGCAAAAGAUGUACCAUGGGAGAGACGGCACCUUGCACAUCAGCAGUCCUUCUGCUACAGAAGCUGGAGCUUACCGCUGCAUAGCCAGGAACACAGUGGGCUCCGUUGAAAGGUUGGUGACCCUGGAGAUUGGCCACAAACCUGAAAUACGCAAUCGGUACUCGAGUUUGGUCCGAAUUCUGCCAGGCGAAAGAAUGAGGUUGGAUUGCAUAGUCGGGGGAAAUCCGCAACCUGAGUUAUCAUGGAUUUUACCCAAUGGUAUGGUGCUGAACAGACCUCAAAAUGUAGGCCGCUUCUCCGUCCUGCAGAAUGGCUCGCUCAUUGUUCACGAUGCCUCUGUGUAUGACAGAGGGACUUACUCCUGCAAAGCCAUGAGCGACCUGGGCCUUAGUUUCAUGAGUGUCUCAGUGAUCGUGAUAGCCUACCCUCCCCGCAUUACGAACGGGCCAAGUCCUGUAACGUACGCAAGACACGGCAUCUCGGUUCAGCUGAACUGCAUGGCCAUGGGUAUCCCGAAAGCGGAAAUAAACUGGGAACUUCCAGACAAGACCCGAGUCACAGUCAUGAAUCAGGCUCGUUUGAUUGGGAAUAAAUACCUUGAUCCUCAAGGGUUACUAAUCUUGCAGAAUCCCUCCAACAGAGACACUGGCUUUUACAAAUGCACUGCUAAGAACCUGCUGGGCAGUGACUCGAAGAUGACCUACGUCCAUGUUUUUUAAUGGACUGUUUCUUUUAAAUUGUUUCCUUCCCUGGCCCCCUCCCCUUAGCAAAUGCCCAAGGAACUGCCUUCAGUGGACAGUGCCAGUUGUGGACCACCGUGCUGACCUUCACAAAAAGUGGCACCAGAUGCACAAAAUAUUUCUUCAACAUUCUUUCAAAUGUUUUCCGUCACGUUUCUCUUCAAUUUCGGCAGUACGAAUUUCUGCUGACUUGUGCUGUUUAAAAAAAAGGGGCAAUCGAUUUUAAAUUUGUGCUGAAUGGAUAUAAACACUGAUGGCUUCAAGCCAGUUCCAUCUCGAAGGACAAGGAACAGCAGAUACAUGGGAACGCCACCAACUUCAAGUUCCCUGGCACAGCAAUAGUCAGUACGUGGGAUUUUCUAAAUGCAAAUGUCAUUUAUGUCCAAUUGGCACUGCUUGCAGAAAAAGAGAAAUUUUGACUUUGUUCAAUGAAAAACUUGUCUCAGCAAUUAAUCCUAUUGAGUUUGAGCUUAUUGAUAAUGAACUCUGUCUUGAAUUGUUGAUCAUUGUGGGUAAAGUAACGUUGGUGCCAAUGGUGGUCUUAAAAUUAACAACAAGCUGUAACUGUGGAAAAUGGGACUUGAAGCUUUUCUAUAUUAAUGUGACAUGAAGUCAAUCAAUUUUAGAAGUCAGGUACUGUCAAGCGUUGCAUUUUAUCCAGUUGUUAGUGCUAACUGUUUUAAUAACCAAAUUUGAUUUUACCGAGUACUUUGUGUCACAAGCAGCAGUGUUUAUCAAAUGGAAGGUCCCUUUUUCAAAUAGCUUCACGACAUGAUACGGAGGUCGUGCUUGUGCUGGCUCUUUGAAAAAGUUAUUCAGUCAGUCUCACCAUCUACUCUACUGCUAUCAUCCUGUGAUUCCUUUUCCUUCAAGUAUUUAUCCAAUUCGCUUUUGAAAGAGACAAUUGAAACUGUUUCCACCACCCUUUCAACUAGCAUACUACAAGGCACAAUGGCUCAAUGCAUUAAAAACACUUGCUCUCCUCCCUGAUUCUUCUGCCUCUUAACGUAAAUUUGUGUAAUCUCGUCAACAAAUGCCCCGCCAUUAAAAACAGCUUCACCUCUUUCGUCCAACCAAAACUCUUCAUUUUCAACAUCUAUAAAAGCUUCCCUAAAUCCUGUCUGCUCUAAGGAAACAAUCCCAGUUUCUGUAGCCUUUCUAAAUAAAGAAGUCCAUUAUUCUUUGCACAAACUUAAGUAAAUCUUUCUGUGCAACCUUUCCAAGGAUUUGGCAUACAGUGCAGUGCCCAGAAUUGAAUGCUAAGGUUGAAACCGUGGUUUUAAUGGUUUUGCAUCAUUUCCAGACUUAAUUGUACAUAAAUAAUUAAUAUUUUGUAGUAAGUUACCAUGAGGACCAUUGCCAUUACACAGCCAUGUAAAUAAAAAUAACUGUCUUUUGAACAUUAAUAGCUUGUAAGUUUUAUGUAAAUCUUAGGAUGUCAUUAAAAGCAGGGAUGCCUACUUACAUUCUCUGCUCAGUGAUCCACAUUGAUUUAUGUGCAACACUGGUACUGUGCUAUCCUGACCACAAUGAUCCAGCUCUGUGAUAAAUUAGCUGAACAACGUGACAGAAGGAGUGUCACAAUCGGCCACAUUCUCCAUAUGUAGUCAUUAGAGUACAGGACUGUCAUAGUUAUGCUGCAUGACUAGUAUCCAGAUGCUUGGAUAACAAUCCAAAGAAUGUUUGCUCAGAUCAAAAUGAGUUUGAGAAUUGGAAUUCAGUUUUACAAACCAAAUUACUAACGUAGAUAGCCAAUCUCAGUAAAAGUGAUCCAUAAUGUUGUCAGAUUUCUGACAAAAUAAAACCCAACUUUCCCAUUAAUUCAGGGAAAGAAACUUGUUGCCCUUAGCUGGUGUAGUCUACAGGGUACUGUAGUCUCACACCUAUGGACCCUCAACAACCAUGCAGAUUUAUCAAAGAAUAUGCAGUAGGGCACAAUGCCAAGGGUGGUAACCACCAGUGAUGCCUAUAGCCUGAGAAUGAUAUUGUGACAAAAGUCUUGGGAAAGCAGUCAGUCUAGAAUUUUGCUCAGGGCGGUUAUCUCUCUCACCUCUGCUGUUUUGUGACAUAAAUGGUCAUUUAUUUCAGAACAGCCAAAUUUACUCCAAUAUUCUGCAUUUUGGACAAAGAAGGAUGAUACUUUCAACACUGGACUGGCACCUCAAACCUAUCAAUAAUCUUUUUAUUCUCAAAUGUCACCAGCACAUUGGAAAGCACAACGAUUUCAAACAUCCAUCACAUUUCUGAGAAGCAGCAAGCCAAGCACGCACACCCAGACACAUUGUACAUACCUAUGGCCCAUGUCAUACAUAAACACAAACAUUGCACAGAGGUUUGGUUGGAUGGCUGGGUCACAAUGCAAAGUGAUGCCAACAGUGCAUUCUGGCUCUGGCUGAGGUCACCAUGAAUGCCUUACCUUAUCAAAUUUGCCCCUCACCUGAGGCAGAGUGACCCUCACAUUCAGCUCACCACCAGUUGUCUCCCUUCAAUGAGGGAGCCGCCCUUUGAGAGUAUAGUGACUUUUCACCAUACACCGUGCAUUAGAAUAAAGGGACAGGGUCGACCUUUUAAUUCCUUGAGUCUGUUCUGUCUUUUAAUGAGAUCAUGGCUGAUCUGUGACCAAUUCAAUUAAAAUAUCCCUUAAUAUCUUGAAGUUAACAGAAAACUAUCAAUGUUAGAUUUAAAAUGAGCAGUUGUCUAUGUAUGAAUUGUCAUUUGCAUAUAUAACUAACCCCUAAAUUCACCCCUGAAAAGGUAUGACUCUAACUUUGAGAUUAUGUCCCUAAGUCCUCAAACAAGCAGGUGCAGAUGCGGAAUAUCUGAAACAAAGACAGGAAUUUCUGGAGAAACACAGCAGGUCUGGCAGCAUCUGUGGAGAGAAGACAGAGCUAACAUUUCGAGUCCAGUGAACCUUCUUUAGAACAAGAUCUGAUGAAGGACCACUGGACUCAAAACAUUAAGCCUGUCCCUCUCUCCACAGAUGCUGGGUCUCUCCAGCAAUUUCUAUUUUUGUUGAAGCAGAAUUAAUUUCUCCCUAUUCACCUUAUCUUUUCCCUGUAGUAUCAAGAAAACUGCAACAAAUACCAUCGCCAGUCCCCAGUGGCAUAAAGGAGUACACAUCAAGUUGAGUUCUCCUGCUAUUUGUCUCCAACCUUUCAGUUCAUCAAAAAGCAUUUAAUUGUUAUUGAUGUAUAUGUGACUCAGAGCUAACUAGUGCAAGGGGAAUCCAUAAGUUGGAGAUUGAGCCAUGUUAUUUCAUGCAUUUUAAAUUUGCUGAAUGAUUUUAUGCAUCAAGUAGAAAGGUAUAAAUGAAAAGCAGCCUUCCACAAAUGGAAGAAUUUCAAGUGAACCUUAGAAUUCCUACAGUGCAGAAAGAGUCCAUUAAAUAUACACCGACCAUCUGAAGAGCAUGACACCCUAUCUCACAUUUCAUAGAAUCCCUUCAGUGUGAA